GCCAUAUUCCCAUGUAAAUAUAGCCAUAUAUUAAUAAUAGGAAGGAUUUUUCACGCUCAAGAUGAAAGAAGAUACAUAAAAUUAUUUUUAUCCUAAAUAUUUGUUAUAGGAUGUCUAUUAAGUCUAGCAAUGGUUCAAUCCGGCGACAAACAACUGAGCAAUUUGAUUUGGCUUGCAAGGUAUUGUUCAAUGUUUGACCUUUGUUGUAUAAUACUCGGCAGUUAGCUGCAUGAUUUUGGGGAAAUUUUAAGAGCCUCAUGCCAGCUCCUUUUUGUUUCAUUUCCUUACAGUAAGCUUCUACCGUUUAUCGUAGAUUAUAUCUUUUACAUUGCUUAGACAAGUAUAUUAACUGCUACAGUAUCACAAACUAAUAGACAAUAUAAAAAGCAACCAUGCUGAAUACUCCCAAAAUAAUAUAUUUUUAACAUAGGCAGGUCAAAUUGUUUUUGUUUAAAUGUAUUUUGUGCAUAUUAUUAUUCAAGAAGAUGCAUAUUUUAAACUCCAUUUAUCUCCAAAAAUCUUCCGUAUUUCUUUGAUUUAAAACGCCUUUAAAAUGGCUGACAAUGUACGUAUCAUUUGCAGCGUGAAAUGUCACCUUUGUUGACAUAAAUAAAACGUUUAACAAACGGUUUCCAGAGGCUAAUACGUUACUUAUUAACAUAUUAUAUGGUCUGAUAAAUUUGGACAAACUUUUGGUCUAAAUUGUUUAUACAUUUUCUUUAAAAAGCUUCCAGGAAGUCAAAAUAUUAAAGGUUUUGAGUAUAUUACCUUUUGAUUCUAUUUUUAGUGGCCCAUUUAAUUAAACAGCUGUAUGUACAUUUGUGGAAAAAGUGCUGUCUAUUAGAAAACAGUUUAUUUCUUAGGGUGAGAUAGGGAAUCAGGCUGAUACCAAAUAUCGAUAAAAGAAGUAUCGAUACUUUUGACACUUGGGAAAAGUAUUGAUAAUUUUGUCAUUUUCGAUACCACUUGAGCCUGUGAUAUGUUUGGUCAACAGAUAUAAAAUCACAGAAAUGUAUAGGGCUGAGCGAUUUUUGCUCUGUAUGCAAUAUUUCACAAAAUAACGUAGAAUAAUAGAAGAAUAGGGCUUAUGAUUGUAUUUGUAAAAGGCAGAAUUAAUUAAGACUGACAUGAGUUACGAAUGAUCACUUUUAUUAAACUUGAUGAUGUCAUCGCUGUUUUAGUGUUGUGAAGUCAUCAUUAAUUAAAGUGAAGUAUUGCAGAAGUGGAUAUAUUCGGAUGAUUUCAAGUAUCAAUUUCCUGCCUUUCGCAUAGAGUCCAUAUAAAUUAACACAGCCCUAGGAGAAAGUCUACUUUUCAUUAAUUUCAAUUGAUAUUCUGGCACUAUUCUAGGUGAUGCUUCUUGGUGAUUCAGGGGUCGGCAAGACUUGUUUGUUGGUUCGAUUCAAAGAUGGUGCAUUUCUUUCAGGAGCAUUUAUUUCCACUGUUGGAAUUGACUACAGGGUACGACUAAUGAUAGCCAGAUAAAGAUUGAAAACCAGUUAAGCAGUGACCAGUUUGUCAGUUGAUCCAUUGGUUGAUCAGUUGAGUUUAGUAGGUUUGUCCAUCAGUCAGUCAGUGUGGUUUACUUGGUUGCAUGAAUGACAAGUUAGUUCUUGGUAAAUUGGUGUGGUACUAAAUUAGUUGUUAGUUGGUUAGUCAGUCAGACAGUUGGUCAGUCGGUUGGUUGGUCGGCGGUCAUUUGGUUGGUUGGUCAGUUGUUCGGUAUGUUGGUCAGUUGGUUGGUCGGUCAGUUGGUCGGUCGGUAGGUUGGUCAGUCGGUAGGUUGGUCGGUUGGUCAGUCGGUAGGUUGGUCGGUUGGUCAGUUGGUUAGUUGUAGGUUGGUCAGUCGGUCAGUCGGUAGGUUGGUCAGUCAGGCCCUAAAAUAUCGGUUGGUCACAGACAUUGUCCGACCCAUUCGUGAAAUUGUCCGACGUAGAGAGGAAACCACCGGACAUUCUGUCCGACCAAAAUGAAACUGAGGUUUAUUGUUUGUCCGACCUGAGUGUAUUGGUGUCUGACCGAACUGUAGCUUUGUCCGACGUAAAUCAAAAUGUACCCUAGUCCAUGACUAGAGGCUUGUAUGUUAAAUGGAAAAUCAGAGUACUAUUGUACAAAAGGUGAACUGGAAAUGUUGUUUUAACAUAGUCGAGCGCGGUGCGGUGAGCGAAAUGGUGAAGUGGAAAACCGGGUUAAGUUGUCGAAGUCUUUUUUAAUACUGCUGCAUGUUCUGGCAAGCAAGUUAAUUUUGACUUGGAAAUAAGCAUGAAAGAAACAAAUUAUUUAAUAUGUUUACAACAUUUACUGUUAUUCAUUUGUGUCAUUCGGACUUAUUUCCGAGUCAAAACUGAACUGAAGGUCAUCGGACAUAUGUCCGACCCAAACUCAACGUCACCGGACAUUUUGUCAGACGGCCCUGUAAAAGAUAUUUUAAGGCCUGUCAGUUGGUCGGUCGGUAGGUUGGUCAGUUGGUCGGUCAGUAGGUUGGUCAGUUGGUUGGUCGAUAGGUUGGUCAGUUGGUUGGUCGGUAGGUUGGUCAGUUGGUCAGUCGGUAGGUUGGUCAGCCGGUAGGUUGGUCAGUCGAUAGGUUGGUCGGUUGGUCGAUAGGUUGGUCAGUUGGUCGAUAGGUUGGUCAGUUGGUCGGUUGGUCAGUUGGUCAGUCGGUCAGUUGGCGACCGGUUUGUCACUCAAUCGGUCAGUUGUUCGGUCAGCCAGUUGGUUGGUCUGUUGUUUGGUUGGUUGGUUGGUCAGUCAGUUGGUAGUUGGUUCAUUAGUCAGCCACUUGGUCAGUUAGUUGGUCGGUUGGUGGUAAGUCAGUCAUUCAGUGGGUCAGGUAUUUAUGUUGCAAUGGUCAGUGAGUCAUUCAAGUGGUCAUUAUGUUUCUUUUUUCUCCAGAAUAAAGUGGUUGAAAUCGAUCAAACUAAAGUGAAGUUGCAGGUAUAGAUUUUAAAAUUUAUGUAAGUCAUUUGGAUCCACAAAACAACAUCUUAAGAUUCAGUUUCUUUGUGAUGUAGAUAUGGGAUACUGCUGGUCAGGAACGCUUUCGAAGUGUCACACAUGCGUAUUAUAGAGAUUCACAUGGUAAUAAAUUAAGAUUGAGCCUUAUUCACCAUCUGAUGAAACACUGGUUGGUAUAUUUCAAUCAGAGCCAUUCAGUUUGAAAUUAACAGACUACUGUUUAUUGCCCCAAUGUCCUCGUUUUCAUUUGACUGUUUCUUCAUGUGGCUAUUCCCUCAUGUGGCUAUUCCUGACAUGUUUCAUACACAUUAGGGUUAAGCUAGGCUUAUGAUUGGGCUCAAGAUCAAAGUGAAACACAUUGAUGCACAAAACAUGGAGAUAUAACCUUGAUGUUCUCUUGCUCAUGCUAAAAUAGGCAAACAUUGAAGUGAGGCCAUUGGAGCAACACUGCAAUAAAUUGUAAAGUCUAUUGUUUUAUUUAUCUCUCCAUUAGCCCUAUUGUUACUCUAUGAUAUAACAAGCAAGCAAUCGUUUGAUAAUAUAAGGGUGAGUAAAUAUGAACGUACAUAUAAAGCAAAUGUUUGUCUGUGCAUCAUGUUUUGUUAAAGGACACAUUUCAGCCCAUUUAAUUGAAAAAACUUACUAGGAAAAUCAAUUUUAAGCAUAAUUCAAGAUCAGCAAACAUAAUGUUUUUAACAUUUUGAAACAUUUUUAUUGUUAAAAACAUUGAGUUUACUGAUCCUGAAUUAUGCAUAAUUGAUUUUCUGAUUAUCAUAAUUGAUUGACUGUGCCGUAAUUGUACUCAUCAAGGGUGUGGAUUAACUGUUGAGCCUUUAUUGGUUAAAGUAAACCAUUAAGCACCAGCGCUCUCCUCUUGGCAAGUAAUAUCGCUUGGUAUUAGCUGUGGUAUUAGACAGAGUGAAAUAAUAAUGUAAGAUCCAUCAGGGCACAUUGACACUUGAAGGGCUAAUAGAUAGCUUAAGAUCUACGACGUCAGCUAGGACGUUAGGGCUAAGCAGAGGACUGGGACUAGGACGUCGUCCUAAAUAAAUAAACUUCCACUUAAGAUUCACGACGUCGACAUUUAAACUAUAAAUAUGUACAUCCUUUUGAAAAUGAAUUUAAAAGAGACGUGUGAAUCCAUUACAGUUUGUUAUGCUCUUGUAUCCACGACGGUAAAACUCUUGUUGUGAGGUUAUCAACGUUUGGUGGAAGACGAGCAAAUUGAGAGAGACACAUGCACACUUCAAAAACUAUUGCCAAUUUACUUCCGCUUGCCGCCCUAAAUAUUUGACGUCGUAGAUACUUGACCUAGUCCCAGUCCUCUGCUUAGCCCAGACGUCCUAGCUGACGUCGACGUCGUAGAUCUUAAGCUAUCUAAUAUCUUAUUUGAACAGCUCAUUUAGAGUAUAUCGAACACAGAUCAAUAGACAUUUGUUAGGAAGACAUGAUGGCUAUAAUUGGUUAAUAUUUUAAUACUGGGUGACUUUAUUUCAAACAGUCUGUAUUUAAAAUAUUCUAGGCAUGGCUUUCUGAAAUCAAGGAUUAUGCUCCAGAGAAUGUUGUAGUUAUGCUUUUAGGAAAUAAGGUAUGUAUUAAGUUACAAAAAGGUUUUGUAGGUGGGAAUUUCAAAUGUGAGUUUUGCAACUCGAUGCAACUCUAUUCAAAAUUUCAAAAUGAAACUAAAACGUAAACUUCUUCAACAGCAUUUCAAUGCUUUCUCGUUUAUUAUAUUUUACAUAAAAUCCAGGCAGAUAAGUCGAACGAAAGAGUCGUCAAAAAGGAGGAGGGAGAACGGCUAGCACAGGUGAGUCAAAUAAAUUAAUUUGAAUCUUGUGAUAAUUCCUUGUUAAUGUGUAAUUUUGCUAAUACAAUGACAUCAGGGGCGGAUCUACCAUGGGAGUGUACUGUUGGGUUAGUAACGUGCAGACUGCAGAGGAGUGUGGGCAGUAAAGGCCCUGUUACACGGUGCAAUUUUUCAUGCAACUUGUCUCGCAAUGGCGUUGCGAGACAAGUUGCACGAGUCAUUGCACCGUUUAACAUGCCUUGCAAUGGUCAAAAUCUUUGCGACACAAGUUGCAUGAAGCAUUGCACAGAGUAGAAGUCGGUUCUACUUUUGGCAACGAUUGCACUAAUUAUUUUUAGCAUUGCAGCGUGUAACAUGGCUUCGUGCAACUUGUCUCGCAAUAUUUUAAUAUAGCUUGGAGAGUUCCUAUUGGCUCUCCCCAGUACACGCUUUACUUUAAUUAAACUCUUUGCAUGCCUCUGUCCCCUAUCGUUGCGAGUUGCAUGAAAAUCAUUGCAGCGUGUAACACCUCUUGCAAUGCAUUUAUCAAAAUCUUUUUUUAAACAUUGCGAGACAAGUUGCAUGAAAAAUUGCACCGUGUAACAGGGCCUUAAGGCUCCCUCGUGCACCACGCCAUGGAGAACCUACACCCCUCCUUGCAGAUGAAGAUAGUUCUGCUGCUGAAUGACACUCUUUUUCUCUAGGAAAACAAUGUUGCGUUCAUGGAAACAAGUGCUAAAACUGGAAUGAAUGUUGACUUGGCUUUUAUGGCUAUUGCUAGGUAAACUAAUUUUCAAUCCAUUUGAUGUAAAAAAAUAUUUGUUAAGUAUCUAUCGAUAAUCUUUUCUGCCCAUGUAUGUCUGUUUGUCUCUUUCUGUCUGUGUUUGUGUGUAGGAUAACUUAAACAAAUAAGUAUUAAUACUGUGUGGUAAUACUAAUGGACAUUUUUUAAGGACGAAUUCGUGAUUCCCCUUAUUACGUUUUCGUAGCACUUUGCAUUGUGGUUAUAGUGGUAUCACUGAUAUUCAAGAUGGCUUAUUUUUUGUCCUGACUCGUGCAAGAACUUUAAAAAAAGCUAGGGUCAGUUGCGCGAUAGCCACAGCAAAAUAUUCGCGAAAACAUUCAAUAUUUUCAUUCGAGGCCGCUAUCUUUAUCAGUGAUACCACUAUAACCACAAUGCAAAGCGCUACGAAAACGUAAUAUGGGGAAUCACGAAUAGACCUUUCCCCUUUUGAGUCAAAUUUUGAUCUAGACUAGCCUGGACAAAAAUUUCAUCACAGCUUGAAAGAGCAUCACAAAAUUAAUAAUAUUCCGAAGUUUCGUUGCGAAAUGUUGUAAAAUGCGGAUAAUAUAGCCUUGCGAAGUUUUUUAGAAGACCGUUUUGUUUCUUGAAGACCGUUUUUUAGUCAUUUUGUAUUACAAAUGGGAAAUUGAUAAUCAGUUCGAUCAUCUGAUUAUCAAUUUCCCGUUUGUAAUGCAAAAUGACUGAAAAAUGGCAAAAUUCGCAAGGCUAUAUUAUCCGCAUUUUACAACAUUUCGCAACGAAACUUCGGAAUAUUACUAAUUUUGUGAUGCUCUUUCAAGCUGUGAUGAAAUUUUUGUCCAGACUUGUCUAGAUCAAAAUUUCACUCAAAAGGGGAAAGGUCUAUUGAGCAAGUUUCGGUUAAAUUGAAAAUCUCCGUGUGUCCUCUGCACACGCAAAAACGCACACGUUAUAACAAACCUGCAGCAGACUUGUAGCAAUGCUGUUCCAACAACUUGUCAACAGGAUGUGUUCGCACUGCUCGCUCCCAGCUUGGUUGGCAAGUUGUCAACGGCUUGUUGACAAGGUUGCUACAAGGUUGUUGUGCUCAGCAGACUUGUUACAAGUUGUUCCAACAACUUGUUAUCGUCCUGCAAUUCAACAAUUUGUCAACAAGUUGUGAGUGACAACCUUGUUGCAACUUGAUAAAAUAACAACAUUGCUACAACUUAUUGACAAGCUUGCUACAAGCCUGUUGCGAACACAUCUUAUUGACACGUGAGAUUUUUACGUGUGUUGUUUGCCAUCUGUAAUUUCUAAUUGAUUUUAGAGAACUGACGUUUCAACAUAAACAAGCGAAUGAUUCAUCAAAGUUCGAUAUGAAGAAAUACGUGAGCGAUAAAAGAGAGGGGCAAGGAUGUUGUUAAUAUUGUCGCUCAUUGCAGUUUAAAACUCACUGGAGUGUACAAAUAAUAUGUAGAAGGCCAAAAAACGGAUCCGGACUCCAGUCUCCAGUCCGGAGUCCAAGUCUCACAGUCCAGAUAUUAGUAUGUA